AACAUACAACUAUAAGAGAGAUGGGAAAACCACUUUGCAUUGGUUAUAUUGUACUGUAUUAGAACUAGGCAACUAGCUAGUUAAUUAGCUAACUAAGCUUGAUGAAUUAUGAUAGAAAAUUAAACGUCUUUAGAAUUGUUUUGUUGCACAUAGUAUCCACCAGAUGGCAACACGUGCAUGGUUAACUGAUGAGUUGAGUUAUGUCAUUUCCUACUGUAGGGUUGUAGUUCCGACUCGCUGUCAAUCAAACUUUGUGUCAAUCGAUUGUUUUCUGGUACUCUGUCUUUGAAAGCAACUUAAUCAGAACCACACGUCUGACUUUUGAUGGAAACUUUGCGGGCUUGGACAUCAAACCCGGAAGAGAACUAAUAAGUGAGACUAGCUGCGUUUACACAGACAGGUUAGUAGCUAACGCUUAAGCUACCUAGCUAAGUUAGCUAACAGUUGUUUGAGCCAGCCAGCAGUAGGCAUUUUUCCCUUGCCGAAAUAAGGAAAUAGCCCAAUUUCACAACCUUUUGAGAAAGUGUGGAGCUGAAAUCGUAGCUAAAACUAAUCAUUGACUCUUAGGCAACUAACGUUAGCUAGCUAGAUAUUGAUAUAUCUGUCAUCAUUCCUGCCUGUCUGUCACUCGUCAGAGAAUCACCAGUGUGAUUGCAUUUUUGGGAGUUGUCCCCCAGAUAGAUUCGUUCAUUGACUCUUUAUGUUAUGCUUUUAAUUGACAUUCUGACUAAAUACAAUGGGCAAUUGUUGUGACUGCCUAGUAUAAAAUAACAUUUCUACGUAGUUGAGUGGCCUAGAAAUCUCGACCCCCUUCUUGAUCCUUUGUAUACAGUAAGGGCUACAUACAGUAAAUGCGUAUCUGGUGAAAUCACCAAAUGACAUCAAGAAGUUGUCGCUAAUUGUGAAAGUUGCAAAGAAAAAGUAUUGUAAACGUGCAUAACAGCCCCAUCCAGUGGUUAAGAUUAAAAGCCAGAGCACAGCUUUUUCAGAUAAAAAAAUAAAUAAUCUAUCCAUAUCGAAGUGCAACCAUGGAAGCACACAGUUGUUACCGACUGCCUGGGAAAACAUCAAGAAAGAGGAGAAGGGAUGAAAUCAACGGAGAGAUGGAGGGAGAGCAGGCCGUCAAGGUCCGACGAUCCACAGUGGGUCUGACAGAUCCAGCCCCAUUUGCUGACCAGCUAGAACCAGUUACCGCUCCGUACGUGCGUGUCAGUAUGGAGGAGGCAUGCCAGGGCACCCCACUAUGCAGUGACGACCUGACACACAACUUAAAAGGCUUCACCGUAAUGAACGAGGACGAACGCUACGACACCGUCAGCCAUUGUCGCUACGUUGACGAGAUCGUACGGAACGCACCAUGGACGCUCACGCCGGAGUUCCUGGCUGACCACAGGAUUGACUUUGUCGCCCAUGACGAUUACCCAUAUUCUUCGGCAGGAAGUGACGAUGUUUAUAAGCACAUCAAAGCGGCAGGCAUGUUCGCACCCACACAGCGGACAGAAGGCAUCUCCACUUCUGACAUCAUCACCCGUAUUGUCCGCGACUACGACGUGUACGCACGCAGAAACCUGCAGAGAGGCUACACUGCCAAAGAGCUUAAUGUCAGCUUCAUCAAUGAGAAGAAGUACCACCUGCAGGAGCGUGUGGACAAAGUGAAGAAGAGGGUGAAGGAUGUGGAGGAGCGAUCCAAGGAGUUUGUGCAGAAGGUGGAAACAAAGAGCAUCGACCUGAUCCAGAAGUGGGAAGAGAAGUCCCGAGAGUUCAUCGCCAACUUCCUUCAAAUGUUUGGCCCAGAGGGAGCACUGAAGCACAUGCUAAAGGAGGGGAAGGGGCGGAUGCUGCAAGCCAUAAGCCCCAGGCAGAGCCCCAACGGCAGUCCGACCAGAGAGCGCUCGCCCUCUCCGCUGCCCUCCUUCCGUCUGCCCUUCUUCACCAAGACCUCCCCUCCCUCCUCGCCCCACCACCUCAGCGGAGCAGACAGCAUAUGCGAGGAUGACGAUUAGGAGCCUCCCUCCAUUCCUUUCUCUCCCUGUGGCUGAGAUGGUGCAGGUCAGGGUUUAGGGUAAAUACCAUUUCAGUUCAGUCAAUUUGAUUGAAUUGAAAUGGAAUUGACCCCAGCCCAAGUGGCUCACGAGGAAUUGAUUAUUCACAUGCGCUUGAAUUAGGAUGCCGUGUUGCGGUUUUUUCCUAUCCCGCUCACAUUACUGGUUCUCUUUACCAGGCCUCCAGUGUCAGUCAGGCCUUUGUCAUGUUUAGGUGUUGGAAGGAAACCACGACACAAUAGCGUAGGAAGUUUCAUCAUAACUCUCUGUAAAACGGCUGUUCUUUGGGGCCAUAGUGUUGUUGUUAUACACAAAAUAGAUUUUCAAAUGUUUCAUUUUAUGAUGUAUAAAAAUGAAUGAAUGAACAUGGGAAGGUGUCAGCCAAUACGGGCGUGAGUGAUGGGACACUCAUUCGCUCAUAAAUGUUCUUCCGACACACACUGAAUUGUAUUUGCCAUGCUAAAUCCGUAGUAGCUCCAGAGAAAAUUGAACAAGUGAUAACCGGUACUUUCUGUAAAUAAUAACUUUCUACUUUCCCCAUUUUGAUUUCAUUCUGAAUUUUCUUUAUGGGAGUUACAUGAAGUGAUCGCUUAAGUCGUCUGGAUUUUUAAACUAUUGAAUCUAGUAGGGGUUAACCAUCGUACUGGAGUGUAUUUUCCCAGUCUAAAACUAGCCGGCACCUUAUACCAGCUGUCUGCCUCUUUAUCCCAUAACAAAAGCUGGUUUCAAACAUGGGGGGGUGGGGGGGGGCAUGGGAGGGGCGGAGGGUUUCCUCCAAUAUGAAGCAGUAGAAUGCCAUCCCUCCUCCCCCUCCCUUGGGUGAUCACGCUACAGGAGCAACACAGCAGCCUGUUGUUAUCAAUGAAAGACAUAGUGAGCCUCCCUCGCCUCGUAGAUGCAUUCUCUUCAACUGCCUCCACAGAAAAAGACAACUUGGGUAGAAUGAAAGCCUUGUGCAGAAUUCCGAAUACCCCCAUAGCACCCUAGCACCCCUUAGGCCCUAGGCACUCCUGUAGAUCUGAAAGGAUGAGAUAGCUUUUGCGUUCUGGCUGCGUGUUGGAUUCACCUAUUCAGUCCUUUUUAGGCCUAGGAUACACUGAGGUUGUACAACUGAUGUACAAUGCAUUGGACUCAACAGUUAUGAUGCAAUGGAUUUUUUUUUGUAAACUGAAACGUUUUAAAUAUUGUUGUUUCGGCGUCUCCAGAGCGGUUGGGUAAAUAUUUUUGUGCAGACAAAUGCAUUACAAAUACCUGUUGUAUCAAAUGCGUUGUACAACCUGAGUGUGAACUAGGCCAGUAGACCUAAAGGUGUGCCUAAGGCUGUACCACUUGCUCAGGAGUGAAGUUCCACUAGGGACUGAUCUAGGAUCAGCUUCCUGACCCAAUACACCUCCCAUUAGUGGAGAAAAGGCUAAACUGACCCAAGAUCAGGGGAAACUUGACCAUACUCCAUUCCCGCUUAAUAACCUCCCUACUCUGUAACUGUAAUUGGAUUGAUCGAGGACUUUUGACUACAUUGGUCACCUGAUUAGUCACCAAGUUGAGUUGUUUUAUCCUCGUAUUUUGUCAUUUAUUUUUAUUUAAUAUGAACUAAGUGUGUUGGUUUGUGUUAAAGGAGAUCUACUGUACGUACUUUCAUCUUGUAUAGAUGUCAUUUUUGUAUACCUCCUGGAAAAACCUGCUGAUUUUUCUUAUUUUGUUGUUGUAGAAAAUAGUCAUUCCACUAAUCAGUAAUUCCAAAUGCAUUGUGCAUCCCCACAACUUUAUGCCAAUAGAUUCCAAUAUUUGGGGGGGGGUGACUUAUUUAACAUUUUUCCAGAGUGCUGAUGCUAUGUGUAAUCAGAGCUGCGUUGUGGCAUUCCUCCCAGACAUGAUUUUUUUCAACAGAAUUCAUGUUUAAGCUUAGCCAGAGCCUGUGGUUAUUCAAAUCGAUAUAUUGUGAAUAGUAUUCUCUGAAGCAAGCAACUUUCAGCACUUAUACAAUAGUAUGUGAAAUAUUAUUCUGCGUUUACACAGGCAGCCCAAUUCUGAUAAUUUUUUCACUAAUUGUUCUUUUGACCAAUCAGAUCAUCUCUGAAAAAGAUCUGAUGUGGAAGAAAGAUCAGAAUUGGUCUGCCUGUGUUGUGUUCAAUUGAAAUACUGUAGAAUUCCAGUCAUUCCUAUGGAGGACUGCUCCUACUGGGCAGUGCCAAUAUUGCCGACCGAUGUCUUCAAAGCUUCUCAAUGGCCAAUACAUGGCAUCCGCAAUCCAGGCUUUGUGCAGUGCAUUUGGAAAGUAUUCAGACUACUUGACUCUUUCCACAUUUUGUUACGUUACAGCCUUAUUCUAAAAUGAAUCAAAUAGUUUUUUCCCCUCAUCAAUCUCCACACAAUACCCCAUAAUGACAUUUUUGCAUGUUUAUAAAAAAAAUAAAGAUGAAAUAUCACAUUUACAUAAGUAUUCAGACCCUUUACUCAGUGCUUUGUUGAAGCACCUUUGGCAGCGAUUACAGCCUUGAGACUUCUUGGGUAUGACGCUACAAGCUUGGCACGCCUGUAUUUGGGGAGUUUCUCCCAUUUUUUUCUCUGCAGAUCCUCUUAAGCUCUGCCAGGUUGGAUGGGGAGCGUUGCUGCACAGCUAUUUUCAGGUCUCUCCAGAGAUGUUUGAUGGGGUUCAAGUCUGGGCUCUGGCUUCUGGCUGGGCCACUCAAGGACAUUCAGAGACUUGUCCCAAAGCCACUCCUGCGUUGUCUUAGCUGUGUGCUUAGGGUCGUUGUCCUGUUGGGAGGUUGAACCUUCGCCCCAGUCUGAGGUCCUGAGCGCUCUGGAGCAGGUUUUCUUCAAGGAUCUCUCUGUACUUUGCUCCGUUCAUCUUUCCCUCGAUCCUGACUACUGUAGUUUCCUUGUCCCUGCCACUGAAAAACAUCCCCACAGCAUGAUGCUGCCACCACCAUGCUUCACCGUAGGGAAGGUGCCAGGUUUCCUCCAGACAUGACGCUUGGCAUUCAGGCCAAAGAGUUCAAUCUUGGUUUCAUCUGACCAGUGUCCUUUAGGCUGUCGUGCCUUUUACUGAGGAGUGGCUUCCGUCUUGCCACUCUACCAUUAAGGCCUGAUUGGUGGAGUGCUGCAGAGAUGGUCGUCCUUCUUGAAGGUUCUCCCAUCUUCACAGAGGAACUCUGGAGCUCUGUCAGGGUGACCAUCGGGUUCUUGUUCACCUCCCAGACAAAGGCCCUUCUCCCCCCGAUUUCUCAGUUUGGCCGGGCGUCCAGCUCUAGGAACAGUGGUUUCAAACUUCUUCCAUUUAAGAAUGAUGGAGGCCACUGUUCUUGGGGACUUUUAAUGCUGCAGACAUUUUUUUGGUACCCGUCCCCAGAUCUGUGCCUCGACACAAUCUUGUCUCGGAGCUCUACGGACAAUUCUUUUGACCUCAUGGCUUGGUUUUUGCUCUGACAACUGUGGGACCUUUAUAUAGACAGGUGUGUGUCUUUCCAAAUCAUAUCCAAUCAAUUGAUAAUUACUUGCUUCGUCCUUAUGGGAUAUUAUGAGUUAAAACAAUUGAAUCCAUUUUAGAAUAAGGCUGUAACGUAACAAAGUGGGAAAAAGUCAAGGGGUCUGAAUAUUUUCAGAAUGCGUUUGUGUGUGUGUGGAAAAGCAGCUUGUGACUGCUUACAGUGUGUUUUUGCUGGUCACCUUUGCUGGUCACCAACAUGUAUGCAUUCCAGUGGCAGGCUUAUGAGAAUGAGGGCCAACACAGCAUCCUCCUGUUUUUAAAUGUCCUCAUUGUUUAAUCGGCAAAGGGAAUGUCUGUCUUGUCAUAUAUGAACUGUCAACCCGUUGACUACUAUCAGUUAUAACAGGACUAAAAUAAAUAUGUACAAAGAAAAAUACUCCAUUUUGAAGUAAAAUCACUUACAAAUACA